GGAAUUGUGAUAUAUUAUAUCGCUAUGAAAUGGUGCAAAAAUUACCUAGCACAUUAAGGCCUCACAUUACCCCCACCCCCUCUCCAGUCUCCUCCCACACAAACGAGAGAGAGAGAGAGAGAGAGAGAGAGAGAUGGGAAAAGAUGGUUAUCUUCCUCUCUUUGAAACGAAGUCUGCAAAAGGACGUAUUCCAUAUUGGUUGUAUGCAGGUUCAAUGAUUGUUGGCAUAGGUUUCAUAUUUGUGUAUAGAGUAAGUCAUCUACCGGCACAAGGAGAAGAUGGAAGAUGGGCUUGGAUAGGUUUGUUUCUGGCGGACCUAUGGUUUAGUUUCUACUGGUUUGUCACUCAAUCUGCUCGAUGGAAUCCUAUAUACCGUUAUACAUUCAAAGAAAGGCUCUCCCAAAGAUAUGAGAAGGUUCUGCCGGGCAUAGACAUAUUUGUGUGCACAGCUGACCCGGUAUUAGAGCCACCACUGAUGGUCAUUAACACAGUCCUAUCAGUCAUGACUUACAGCUACCCUCCGGAGAAGAUGAAUGUCUACCUUUCUGACGACGGUGGUUCAGAGUUGAUGUUCUAUGCUCUCCUAGAGGCUUCUCGCUUCUCAAAGUACUGGCUACCAUUUUGCAAGAAAUUCAGAAUAGAACCAAGGUCACCAGCAGCUUAUUUCUCUAAAGUUACAGAACCACCACUGGAUGAUCAUCUAAUGGCCAAAGAAUGGUCCUCCACUAAGAGAUUAUAUAGUGAAAUGGAAAAACGGAUCAACAAUGCCAUGAAACUAGGCCGAAUUCCAGAUAAAUUACGCAGAGAGCACAAGGGAUUUCGUGAGUGGGACGUAUUUUCAAGCAAACGCGAUCAUCACACCAUUCUUCAAAUGCUAGUUGAUGGAAGAGACACCAAUACUGUGGACAAUGAAGGAAAACCUCUGCCAACUUUGGUAUACUUGGCCCGUGAGAAGAGACCCCAGUACCACCAUAACUUUAAAGCAGGAGCACUCAAUGCCCUGGUGGAGUUUUUAGGCCACGAUUCCAAUGGAGGGCCUUUAUAUAUCGGUACUGGGUGCUUUCACAGGAGAGACGUUCUUUGCGGGAAGAAGUACAACAAAGGAAGUAAGAUUGACUGGAAGAAAGGGAAUGGCACAUUGGUUAAAGAAAGCGCAGAUGUGCUUCAAGAGACAUGCGGGGUUCUUGCAAGUUGCACCUAUGAAGAGAACACUCAAUGGGGAAAGGAGAUGGGAGUGAUGUAUGGCAUUCCAGUAGAGGAUGUUGUCACAGGAUUGUCAAUACAACAUAGAGGUUGGAAAUCUGUCUACCUCAAUCCAGAAAGGAAGGCCUUCUUAGGACUUGCUCCCACAACCCUAUUGCAGACACUAGUACAACAUAAGAGAUGGUCAGAAGGUGACUUUCAGAUAUUUUGCUCAAAAUACUGCCCUUUUCUGUAUGGCUAUAGAAGGAUUCCUCUAGGUCUUCAAAUUUCAUAUUGUUGCUACUUGCUUUGGGCUCCAAACUGCUUGGCUACACUCUUCUAUGUUGCUGUCCCACCUCUAUGUCUCCUUAGAGGCGUCUCCUUGUUCCCAGAGUUAUCAAGCCCCUGGGUUUUACCUUUUGGAUAUGUCAUCAUCGCCAAGUAUGCGUACAGCUUAGGUGAGUUUAUGUGGUGCAGAGGUACAUUGCAAGGGUGGUUGAAUGAUCAGAGAAUGUGGUUGUUUAGAAGAACAACUUCUUACUUAUUUGGAUUCUCAGACACCAUCUUAAAGCUAAUGGGGUUUGCUAAGUCUGGUUUCGUAGUUACUGCAAAGUUUGCGGAUGACGACGUUGCUGAGAGAUACGAACAAGAGAUAAUGGAAUUUGGUGGGCGUUCACCAAUGUUCAAUGUUUUAGCUACAGUUGCGCUGCUCAAUUUGUUCAGUUUAGUGGCGGGACUACAGAGGGUGGUUACAGAGGACUUGCAAGCUAAGGUUUCACACAAAUUAGCAUUACAGAUAGUACUAAGUGGCUUAGUGGUUUUCAUCAACCUGCCAGUAUACCAAGGACUCUUCUUCCGAAAGGACAAAGGCCGCAUGCCAUACUCUGUCACAUACCAUUCAACUAUUCUAGCUAUCCUUGUUUCUUUAUUAGCCUUGUGUUAUUAAGAUUACUAGAUGUGUCAGCAAAGAUCCAGAGGGAACUCUCUGGAAGGUAUCUACGUAACUGUGAGACAAGGAAACACUUAAUUUAUGAUGGCAAUGUAUUUAAUGCAUCCUUAUUUUGAUUUAUUGCUGCUAUGCAGGGAUCACUCUCACUCUAAGUGAGAGAGCUCGACAUCUUAUUCACGAACCCCUUUU